AUGAGUGACGAGGUCGACAAACAUGUCCUGCGAAAAUACGACAUCCUGCAGAAGCUCGGGAAAGGAGCCUACGGGAUCGUCUGGAAGAGCACAGAUCGCCGGACGAACGAAACCGUUGCUUUAAAGAAGAUUUUCGACGCCUUCCAAAAUGCCACCGACGCACAGCGCACCUUUCGAGAAAUCAUGUUUCUCCAGGAACUCGCGGGGCACGAGAAUAUCGUCCGUCUGAAGAAUGUCCUCAAGGCAGAUAACGACAAGGACAUCUACCUCGUCUUCGACUACAUGGAGACGGAUUUGCAUGCGGUCAUUCGAGCGGACAUAUUGGAGGAAAUUCACAAGCAGUACAUCGUCUACCAGCUUCUCCGGGCGAUCAAGUACAUGCAUUCAGGAGAACUUCUUCAUCGGGAUAUGAAGCCGUCGAACGUUCUCUUGAACAGCGAGUGCCAAGUCAAGGUCGCCGAUUUCGGUCUUGCCCGCUCAGUCGCACACAGCGAGUCGAACAACUCGGAGGCUGGCGGGAAUCCGGUACUCACUGACUACGUCGCGACGCGGUGGUAUCGCGCUCCAGAAAUUCUUCUCGGAAGUACCAGCUACACCAAGGGCGUGGAUAUGUGGUCUCUGGGGUGUAUCCUCGGUGAACUGCUCUCAGGUCGUCCCAUCUUUCCAGGAACCUCGACGAUGAACCAGCUGGAGAGAAUCAUGACUCUUACAGGAAGGCCAAGUCCCGAAGACGUGGACGCAGUCAAGUCUCCCUUCGCCGCCACCAUGAUGGAAAGUUUGCCGCUGGGCAAGGUUAAGAAUUUCAAAGAUGCCUUCCCCAACGCUUCUCCAGAGGCGCUGGACCUUCUCAAGCAACUGCUGCAGUUCAAUCCCAACAAGCGCAUCAGUGCCGAGAAAGGACUUGAACAUCCGUACGUCCGGCAAUUUCACAGUCCUGAAGACGAGCCUGUAUGCGGGAAGAUCAUCGCGAUCCCGAUCGACGACAACACCAAGUACUCUGUCGAAGACUACCGAGAUAAAGUUUACUCGGAGGUGAUCAAGAAGAAACACGACCAGCGGCGACACCGCACAGCUGGUUCUUCCGGCCGCCACCAUUCUUCACAUCACUCGUCGGGAACUCGCUCCUCGUCGAGCUCUUCUUCCUCUUCUGCAAAUCCUCGCACGAGCUCAAGCGCGCAACAUCGCAACUCCCAGAGCAGACCCGCAGGUUCUUCGCAGACCUCGGCGUCUCCUCAAGCCUCGCACAACCCGCGAAGCGGCAGUUCCUCCUCGUCCUACACUGGAAGCUCGAGCGCCAGCCACCCCACCGGCGCGAGCGCGCAGGCACCCUCUCACUUCGGAUCUUCGCACUACGCCUCGUCUCACCAAAUGCACAGAUCCGGCAGUUUCGUCCGAGACCGACCUCCUGCCUACGCAUCCUCCACCUCAGGAGUCUCGCACUACCCUCACUACCCCGCAUCCUCGUCCUCUGUCUCCUCUUCGCACCAUGGUGUCUCCUCUUCGCACCAUGGUGUCUCCUCUUCGCCUCAAGGAGUAUCCUCUUCGCACCACGGUGUCUCCUCUUCGCACCAUGGUGUCUCCUCUUCGCACCAUGGUGUCUCCUCUUCGCACCACGGUGUCUCCUCUUCGCACCAUGGUGUCUCCUCUUCGCACCACGGUGUCUCCCCACAGAUGAGUCCGGGCAUGUCGACGGCGACAUCUGGGGGCAGCGUGCAUGCAAGAGACAGGCCGGCAGCCAGCGGAUCGAGCGCGGGAGUUUCUCAUGCAUACUACGCGUCGCAGUUUUUUGCGCCUGGUUCAGCGACUCACUCCCCACAGCUCUCAGGUUCUUCGCGCCUCGCGGGGCAGUCUGCUGAGGGCGUCGCGGCGCAUGCAGUCAGCCGCGGAGAGAGCUUCCACGGCCCUGUCCGCGCGAAGACCGACACACACACACAUAUGGGCGUCAGCCGAGCCGUCUCUGGAACUCCGCAGUGGACGGACAUCGAACGGCACCACUCGCAUGCAGUCAAGUCUGCGUCCAAGACAUACAACAGCUGA